AUGCCAAAAGAACUAAAAAAACGUGGCCGUCGUGAGGCUAAACGGCAAAAGCUCGACCAUGACACUAAUUGUGAGGAAACCGCGAUAAGCAGUGCCAGCAGGCCAGCACAUGGUCUUGCUCUUUCUACACAAGCAUUUGUCUCCGGAGAAUCUGGUUCCACAGUCACCAAUCAGUUGCCAUUUGAAUCGUCAAUUGCGCCCGGUACAACUUUUUUCGGCCUAUUGGACGAGCAGGAACAAGAGUAUUUUAGAAAAGCCGAUGAGACGUUAGAGUCGGAUUUGUUUAAAAGUGAAGAGGAAAGGGACAUGUUUCUUCAGAAUGUGAUGAAAGAAACAGAGAACAAGGAGCUCAAGAUGGCUUGCAGUCAGGGAUGUUCACGAUUGCUGGAGAAGCUACUCUUUCUAGCAACCCCGGAUCGGGUGAAAGUCAUAUUUCAGAAAUUCCAUGGACACUUCGGCCAUCUCAUGGAACAUCGAUUUGCGUCCCACUGUUGUGAGGCUCUCUUUACAGUGGCCGCUUCGAUUUCAGCGGCGGAAUACGCGGGCCCCGCUCAUGAGAAGAUAGUUGGGGAUGACAAAGAAUUCGUCUCCACAGAAAGUCUCUUUCUCUACACUGUCACCGAGCUCGAACCGCUAAUUGAUGGCCUGCUCAUGAAUCCGUUCGGCGCACAUGUCCUUAGAACCCUAUUCCUCGUUCUUUCCGGAGCACCGCUAGACUCCCAAUCUCAUAAAUCGAUAAUUCAUAGCAAAAAAAAGGAGAAUAUCUUGGCGUCGGUAAAAAAGGAGGACGGCUACGAAGGCCAGGCACGACCGGUGCCAGAGUCUUUUAGAGAGGCCCUGAGUAAAAUUAUCAAUACAAUCACUGGGGAUAUCAACCGCGAGAGUAUACGAAACCUUGCGACAGAUCCUCUCGGAAGUCCAACUCUGCAGUUGUUGAUUGAAUUGGAUUUGGGUCGGUCCCGAAAAUACAAAAUUAAGAUCGAAGAGUCAUUAGUAGGGAAACUUCUACUACAGCAGCCCGAGGACGAGGAGAGAGACACGGAUGCUACUAGGUCUUUUGUUAAAAUGCUGCUCUCUGACACCAUUGGUUCCCACCUAUUAGAAAGAGUUAUGAUGUGUGUCCCCAAAAAGACAUUCAACCAACUCUACAACAUGUAUUUCAAGGGUGGACUUGGAAACCUAGCGGCGGGCGAGACUGCAAGUUAUGUGGUGAUUAAGAUCCUAGAUAAGUUGGAAACACCGGAAUUCAAGACUGCCGAAGAAGAGCUUGAGAGGGCAUUGCCGUCACUGCUCGAGAAUCAUCGGAUCGCUGUGAUUCGGUCCGUGGUUGAAAACUGCAGUAAACGCGGGCUCGUUGCAGAUGGCUUUUGUGAUUGCCUUUUUGAAACGUGGCGUUCGGGUUCUGGGGGGGAACGGAACCUCUUACUGGGAGUAUUAGAAAUAAGGCCGGAAGAUCUGGAAGAGAACGAUUCGAAAGAUAUCCGAAAGAAGAAUCCGGGUCAGCUACAUGCAUCGUUGCUGGUCCAAGCGGUACUUUCAGUCCCAGGGGAAUGUUCAAAACGAAUGAAAGAGAGUAUUUUGUCGUGCCCCGAGGAUGAUCUCAUAAAGCUUUGCAAGCACCAGACGGCAUCCCAUGCUAUACAGAAGAGUAUUGAGAUCGAUCCUACAGAUAUUGCAUACAAACGCAAGUUAGCUGGCCUUCUCUCCGGGUCAAUUCCGGAUCUAUCUGUGCAUCCCGUCGGCUCUCAUGUGGUCGACACGUUAUUUAAGGCCACAUUGGGCGGCCUUAAAUUACAACGACAAAGAAUUGCAGAGGAACUACUAGCCUCUGAAAGACGGCUACGGGAUUCCUUCCAUGGGAGAGCGGUGUGGAGGAAUUGGAAAAUGGAUAUGUACAAAACCAGGCGAUACGAUUGGAAUAAUAUAACGGUUGCUUCGAUAUCUAACGAAGCCCAGCCCGAGGGUUCGGAGGCUAAGAAAAGUGCGAUCCAGAUUGCAAGCGAGAGGCAUGCUGCAGCGAAGAGGGCGGAUGAGGAAAGGGAGAAGGAGAGAGAGAAGGAUAAAGAUGUCAAGGGUAGGCUCAAAGAAAGGGAGAAUACAGGCUCUCAGCGACCAAAGAAACGCAAGCAGAAAGAGCCUGUCGACGAGACGAAAAGCUAG